CCCAAAUUGCUAUAAAGGGAGGUUAGAAGCAAAGGUAUGAGCAUCAAGAGAGGGACAGUAAUCGGUGUUUGAGAGCAUUUGAGAGACUGAGAGCUGUUUCUUGUUUUCUUUCUGUCAUUCAACUCCAGCCAUGGCUCAAGGCAAAGAAGACCAAAGCAUGAAACGAAAGCUGUCUACUGCAAGGGAAAAGCAGCCAAAGGAAACUCCAGGCAAAGACGGGCAAAGCAUGAUAGGACAACAGUCCUUUCAAGAAAUGGAAUUCCCGAGUGCAAAAGCAAACAUGGAUGACGCAAUGAAGAUUCUUAAUCUGUUGGAAAGGGGCAAUGAAGAAAGAGUUGUCCUCGCCGGGGAUGCAGGGACAGGGAAAACAUGGUUGGCCCGACAAAUAACCAAGUUUGCAACCGGUUCCAAAGGCUCCUUCUAUAUGUCUCUUUGGAUAUCUCUGAAUGAAGGGUUCGACGACGACGGGUCUCUUCUCCAUUCCCUUGCACGCCAGUUGCGUAUCCCGACCAGUGCUAAUGCGAAUGUGUGGGAAGAUGUUGAAUAUGCUGAUGAUGCUGAUGAUACUGACGGUGGGAAAAAGGAUGUUGAUGACAACCAGCUGAGGGUGAAUGUGAUAGAAAAGCUUUACGAGGAGAACAAAGAAAUGAGUGAGAAGAUGAGUAAGGAGAAGAGUGAAGCAAAACACACGUUUCUUCUACUGGUGUUGGAUUCGGAAGGAGUGGUCAUGACCGAAGAUUAUGAUGACUUCGUGAAUAAGCUUUUUCGUCCCGAUGAAAAUGUCACGGAGAAGAAAGCUUCAUUCAAACACAAGGUUCUAAUCACGACAAGGAAAAGUGAUGAAGAAGGAUCUAUCACAAAGGACUCAAGGGUGGUUGAGGUUCAACCCUUUUCGGGGGAUGAAGCAGUGAGGUUCUUGGAAAAUCGAGUUGGGGAGGAAGUUUCUAGGGUUCCAAAUUUCGAAAUAUUUUGUGAUGCCAUUAAAGAAAGGAGAGAGGUUUUGCCUGCUCAAAUUAAUUUGUUAACAGAAGCCUUAAAUCAAAUCGCAAAAGAUGGUAUUGAAGCAUUGGAGCGUGCUUUCGAUGUUGCAGCCCUUAACAUUCUGCGGCGUGCUGACAAAGCUGACAAAGCCCUAGUUCAUUUUGCAUAUGAAAAGUUGUCUGGAGACUGCCUGAUUGAUUGCUUUUGGCAUAGCUGCAACUUCUUGGAGAAACAUGGUGCUGUUAACUACAACGAGUUGAUCACUCACUGGAUUCUGGAAGGCCAUCUUGAUCUUGCUGUUGGUCUCAAGAAGGCUUACGAGAAGGGAUACAAUGUCAUGAUGGAGCUUAUAGAUCGUGGCAUGCUGAAGAUGCGAGAACCCAAUCUUAUUGUUUUGGAAGGAGGAACGCUUCGUUUGGUGGAUCAUAGCUGUCGUGGAUUAUCUGGGAAAUCCAAGCUGGGGCUGGCUAGCGUGCUUGAGGGCGACAAAAAAAGGGUUUUUGAAAGAAUGGCACCAGCUGAUGGCAUGAUAAAGACAGUGCGAACGGAUAAGAAAGGAAAAACGGUUUCCUCACUACUGAUUGAGGGAAGCUAUCUAUGCAGGGAAGUCCCCGACACAUUCUUUCAAGAAAAAGAGCACCUCAAAGUUCUGGCAAUUUUUAAUCCCAGGCUCACAUCCCUCCCAAAAUCCAUAUCUAAAAUGGAGAAUCUGCUUGUGCUUGUGCUCAGAGACUGUUAUCUGCUGAAUGACAAUAUGGAAUGCAUUGAGAAUCUCAAAGCAUUAAUUGUUCUUGAGAUAUCUGGUGCACCCUUUCUGAAGGAACUGUCAGAAGUACUUUUUACAAACAUGAACCAACUUCGAAGCCUCAAUCUAUCUGCACUCGGAAUCAAGUCAUUGCCAGCAAGUCUCUCCAACCUAACUGAACUACGCAGGCUCAUCCUUAGACAGUGUUCUUGCCUGAAGGCUCUGCCAAAGCUAGCAAAGCUCAAAAACCUUGAGGUAUUUGAUCUUUCUGGAUGCUCCUCUUUGAUAAAGAUCCAAGAAAAAAGUUUCAAGUCAUUUGAAAAGCUUCGAGUCAUUGAUUUUUCUGAAACCAAAAUUGAGAAAUUACCAAUUGUUCAGACUCUCCCACAUUUAACACUCCUUUUGGCUAAAGGAUGUGAUCAUUUAUCUGGAUUGCGCCUAAUGAAACAUCUGCCAGACCUCAAGGUUCUUGAUGUUUCAGGUGCCACUAGGAUAAAGGAAAUACAGUAUGACAGCUUUGAUGGCACUGACAACCUUAGAAUCCUUGAUUUGUCCAAAACCGAGAUUAGAUUUUUACCUGACAGCCUUAGCAAACACCUCUGUGAUCUCAGACUGAAAGGUUGUUCUAAGCUUGAAAAACUCCCUAGCACAAAAGCACUUACAGAUCUAGAGUCUCUUGAUCUUUCCGAAGCCUCCAAUCUGCAAAAGUUGCCAGACGGAUUUUUUGCAAAUUUGUUUGGUCUUCAGUCCCUCAAACUCUCACAUACCAAAGUUGAAAAUCUUCCAUCUCUUUCCAACCUUUACAACCUUCACCGCCUUUUCCUAAAAGGUUGUUUGUUUGAAAACCUUCCAGAGUUGAAAGAACUUAAUAGCCUUGUGGAACUUGACCUCUCAGGUUGUGAAAGCCUGGUGAACUUGCCAAGCUUGGCCGAUCUUAAAUAUCUUGAGAUUAUUAAUCUUUCAAGUUGUAAAGCUCUGUCAGGAAUAGAUCAAUCCUUCCAGCACAUGUCUAGGCUUCAGGUACUCAAUGUCUCAGAAACUCAGAUUCCAUCCUUACCAUCCCUACCCAAUCCUAGCAAACUCCGGUCCCUUAUUCUAAGGAAUUGCACCAAACUAGAAAAAUCUCCAGAUUUUCAAAUCCUGUUAAAACUUGAGCAGCUUGACCUACGUGGUACAAGCUCUUUGAAGGAUAUCAAGGCCGAAUCCUUCAAUCAUCUGGCUCAGCUUCGAACACUGAAGUUAUCUAAGAUUGCAUUUGAGGGCAUGCAAUCUUCACUUUCAGCUUUGACGAAACUUGUGGUUUUGGAUCUUUCCGGAGAACCUGUUGAGUCUUUGCCAUCUCUUGACGAUCUUAGCGAACUACGGCAGCUUUUGCUAAGAGGUUGUUCGUGCUUAAAGGAGUUGCGAUCAUUGAAUUCUUGUCUAGAGGUGCUUGAUCUAUCAGGGACCAAAGUAAAGAAUCUGGGAGAAAAAAUUUCAGGGUUGACACAUUUAAAGCGUCUUCAUCUACCGGAGAAGGUGAUUGAAGAAUUUAAAGGGGAGAACGUCAAGUUCCUACCAUUGGAGGUAAACUUGGAUCGGUAUUGUAUCUCUGAGCCUUCUGAGAUUCCUAAGGGGGAUGAGAAACCUUCUAUAGUUGUGCAUGGCACAGAACUCUUCCAAAGUUUGAAGAAAGAUCCUAAGUUAGUGGAGAGUAUCAUCAGUUCUAUUUCCUCUGUUCACUCUGUUAAAACACAUGACAGAGAUGAGGACAAUUACGAUGACAGUCGUAGACAAAUCUUCAGCAAUAUAUACUCCAUGAUUAGAAAACUUCCUCUUGAGGCAAAAGAUGUACAGCUCCUGGAAAUUCGAGGAUUUGAUGAUUAUCCCACUGAUAUUGAGGUUAUUCUUGAGCACGCCAAAUAUAUCGUGCUGGUUGAAAAUCAAUUUUUGAAAAACUUGUCUGAUUUAAAGCCUGAUAGCUUGAAGAACAUGAAAGGAUGUUGGCUAGAGAGGUGCUCCGGAAUGGAGAGUAUUUUUGCCAAGGCUGAUCUUGAAAUGGAAAAAAGCCUUCUGAUUCUGUGGAUUUCCAACCUUCCCAGUUUGAAGAGUUUGUACCAAGAGAAAGUGCAAUCCAUGAGUUUUGGGAACCUAAAGAUUUUGUACAUUGAUUGCUGCCCAACACUGGAAACUGUUUUCUCAUCAGGGCAGCUGCCAGAAAACCUGGAAACUCUCCAAAUUAUGUUUUGUGAUAACUUGAAGAAUUUGUUUGGAGCUAAGGAUUCAGCCAAAAGUGAAGCUCAAACCACAAGUCCAGCAGACAAGGAAGUGGAUACCACGAGUUCCACAAAGAAGGAAGUGCAGACCACAAGUAGAAGCAAUCUCAAGCUUUUGCAUAUAUCCCAUUGCCCAAUGCUUGAAACUGUUUUCUCAUCAGCGCAGUUGCCAAAAAGCAUAGAAAUUCUACGAAUCAAGUGUUGUGGUAAGUUGAAGAGUUUUUCUGGGCAGGAGCUGAUCAACUUGGAAUUGCCAAACUUGUACACGUUACAUCUGUUAGAACUGCCAGCUUGGACUGCGUCCAGCAUCGGCCUAAAGUCAAACAAAUCAAUUCCAAAUGUUGAUGUUAGUCCCAAUAUACCUGUAGAAAAAUGUCUCAGGUCAGGAAACGCAUCAAAAGAAAUCACUAGAGCUGAUGAGAAUUGAGAUUUAAUGGAAGUCAAAGGGCCUCGAGCAGGUUGGCCGUGUGUAAUUUCAGAAAUACGAAGUGGAGAUAUACCAAUUGAGGAAAAACUAAGAGGAGGACAAUGUGGAACGUGGACAUAAGAAUCUUAGGGGUUUCCUUAUUUAGCCAUACAAUCAGAAAUUGAUCCAAGCUGCAAGCUGCUUCCUAUGAGUAUACAAGCCAAUAAAUGCUUUCCAGGAUGAGCUGCAUGGUCAAACUUUCUAUUCUUAUAACCUGGGAGUGAAGCUGCCUGCUGCAAUGUCAUAUUGUGAAGGAGAUAAGUGCUUUGGAAGUGAAGAUCUUGCCUUUUGUAAAAUCUGAUGGAAUUGCAAAACUCUAAAUCUUGAUGUAUUAGAACAUCCCCGUGUGUUUUCAAGACUCUGAAAAUUUCCUGAAUGUAUUGUUUAGUUUAAGCUUUUGAAAGUAUACCAGAAUUAUAGUUUGAAUCCAGUUUCCUGCUUUUGAAAAUUUGUUAUUCAAGGCUUGGAAAACUGCUCUUUAUUACUUGCA